GUCAUAGCUAUAGAUAUACAUACGAUUCUUUAAUUAUUACAAAGACUACUUCAUAGAUAUUACAAAUAUAGAAAAAUUUAAAUCAUAUGUCCUGCUGACUCAUCUGUUGUAUCGUAGACGUAAAGAAGCUUGAUUGCUAUAAACCCAACGGUUAUAAUUUUGAAUGAAAAAAACGGCCGCGCCAUAUCUUAUCAGACAUUAUUUAGAAUAUGGAAUAUAUAGCGACUGCAAAUGCUAUAGCAAAAACACCGCAAUCAUAAUAAUUAGUCUGAUUCUGUACUUGUUCGAAAGGUAUUCUAAAAAUGUCAAUCAGGGUGUCAAAGUAUGCGCUACAAAAUUUUGGCCCAAAAAUGCCAUUUUGAAGUAUUUAAAUGGAUAUACAACUAAAUUAACUCAAAAAGAGUUAGAGUAUUUAACAAACGCUCAUUUAGAUUUUUCGAUCAUGUCUGGAACAAGUGACUCAGAAAAUCAAAAAUUGUGGCUAGGUCCUGGAUCAUAUGUUAACCAGGACUGUCAACCAAAUGCGAAAUUGCAUACAUUAAAAAUGAACGGAGAACUCUGUCUUCAAGCUACAAGGAAUAUAUACGUCGGAGAAGAAAUAACGUGGAAUUACGAAUUGGAAUAUUUCGAGACAGGCGAAUGUGAAUGUAUGACAUGCAAAAAAGAAAACAAAUAUGUAAAAGUUCCAGAUUUUCAAAUAAAGACACCCGCAACUCUAAAGAAUGCAGUUGUUGUACUUGAUCGAUUAUCUAGAGAACAGAUGAAUAAGUCGAAUAGUAGUAUAGAUCGUACAUCAAAUACAUCGUCAGAAGUAGUAAAUAGUAGCUUAUCAGACUUAUCAAUGAAUACUAUCAACGAAAUUUUAGGAAUAAAUUAGCAAUUUUAUAGUAAGAAAAGUUGUAAAUCAGAUCAUUUUGUAAGAAAAAUAUAUUAUCGUUAAUACAUUAGA